AUGCUUCAUCAUGGUCGCUGGGUGGAACCUGUCAUCGGAAGGAAUCACGGCCGCGUCUGGGCUCCUCCAGGAUGCAUGCUUUAUCAAUACAAACCUUCCCAUAUCCGUAGCUGCCUCUGGAACCGGAGUGUGAGCAUCCGCGGUGAUGAUACUGCACAUCAACUUUUUCAGGCUCUUCUCACAAGUGUCGAUGUCAGCGAAGUUGAUUCACAGUGGGAUAGCCCUGGGGAAAAUAUCACACUCUUGACAAAUGGAUCGAGAAUGUCCUCUGUUUGGGACGAGUUCUUGAACUCUAAACAAAACCUUGACAUGAAACCGCCUGACUCUGUCCGUGCCCACACGCACUCUCCCGCACUCGAGGUGUAUCGUGACCACGUUGAGGUGUCAAUGAACUCGGCUGGUCUCGUGGCUCUUGAACGCUCAAAUCGGCCGCGUCUAGACUACGUGACCGACUAUGAAAUCGACCGUCGCAUUCCUCCGUUCAAUGGCGUCAAAUCCUUAGAGGUCUAUUCCAUCAUGAUCGACGACUGGCCCUCGGCGUGGCGACACGAUAAUAUGAGCAUUGUCCAUGAAAUCCUGUCUACACAAGCCGAGGUCUUGUUCAAUAUUUUAUGCGGUAACGCCGUGGAUCGAGCAUCAAAUGAGUCUCGGGCGUACUGCUGCACAACUCAAGAGCAGCCGACCCUGUUUCUGAAGAUCUUAAUUUGGGCUGGAUCCUGCGCGGCCAUGUGCCUCGCACUGUUGCCAGUCUCGUUAUGGACGAAUCUCAGUCGCUCACAUUCUCUUGGUUUCCUCUCGCCUUCUGCCUGCUUGCGGAUAUUUGCCCCUCUCGCUACCCUAUGGUUUGCCGCAAUCUAUUGUUAUGUUGCAGACAGGACAGUGUACUUCGAAAAGAACCCCAAGGUAGUCGACAUGGGGAUGUUUCUCGUCUUGAUCGCCACCGCACUCGUUGCGGGUCUAUUUACGUUGAAAUCAGCUCACCCGCAAGAGACGGCAUGUCGAGAACCCAACGCGGCAAUCAAUGUGCCGCUCGCCAUGUUUCUGUCGAGACCACAGACCGAAGAAUGGAAAGGUUGGAUGCAAAUUGUUAUCCUUUUAUACCAUCACUUUGGUAUGUCGAAGUUGUUAUGGGUAUACCAAUUCGUACGCCUAUUGGUCGCAUCGUACCUAUUUAUGACAGGUUACGGACAUACCAUGUAUUUUCUGACCUUGAAUGAUUUCUCUCUUCGAAGAGUAAUCAACGUCACGCUGCGGACCAACCUACUCAACGUUUUACUGGCCUUCGUCAUGGGCACCCAGUACGAUCUCUACUAUUUCCCAGCCUUGUCCACUGUCUGGUUCCUGAUCAUAUGGAUCACGAUUCCAAGGGUCACCUCUGCUGACCUGGGGAUUUUGCGAGGCACGGCGCAUAUCCUCGCAUCGGCAGCUACUGUCAGCAUAAUCAUUGCACACAGUCACGUUGUGCAAGGUUGGCUAGCUAGGAUAGAUAGUCUCGGCUUACACAUGGUCAAAAUUGAUCCUCCAGAGUUUCUCUUUCGGUUUCGACUCGAUGCGUAUGUCGUCUUUGCUGGGAUGCUCGCCGCAUUGGUUUGCUCAAGUUAUCGAUACGACGGCACUCGAGGCCAUGCUAUAUCGCUAUUCCGAAAUCUUGUCAUGAUGAGGCUUCUUCUUUCGGUCUCUGUCUCUGUAAUUGUCCUGUACGGAGUCUUCUGCUCGAAGUUCACAGACAAGUACAGCUAUAAUCGGUGGCAUCCAUUCCUUUCGCCGUGGCCGGUAAUGGCAUACGCGAUACUUCGGAAUUCGACAGGCCGCAUGAGGGCCUGCCACAGUCGUCUGUUCGCGUGGUUCGGUCGUUGCUCGCUGGAGACAUUCGUGCUCCAGUACCACAUUUGGCUGGCGGCAGAUUCUCGAGGUCUCCUACGCCUUGGACUUGCGAAUAAACUGCUUCACACUUACCAUGUCAAAUGGAGUUUCUGGCUCGAUCUGGUUGACUUUUCGAUACUAACGGCAGCGUUCCUCUCGGUGAGUAAUUCAACAGCUAGAGCAGUGUCGAGUCUCACGCGAAUCUUUCUUCGAGAUGACAUUGAAGCUGCCGGUAUCGGUCCACGCCCGGGAAACGAGUCACUCUCAACCACGCUCGCGAAGAAGUCAAACAAGUCUGGCUUGCGAGCAAGGGUCUUCGCAGUCCUGAUCGCCCUGUGGGUUCUCAACGUUGCUUCGUAUUUCCUGGAAUGA